AUGAGGCUGGUUCUGGUCCAACCCACCAAUGAGACGAGCCGCGUGGACUCGACGGUGGGGGCCUCCGCCGGCGCCGCACGCAGCACCGAGAGCGAGAGCGCGCCGAAGCGGCUCGGUCCGCAGCCCGCCGCACGCGACCAGCAGGAGGAGGAGGAGGAGGAGGAGGAGGCGGUGAUGCGGCAUCGAGACUCGCGCGCUGUCCGACAGCAGCAGCAGCAGCGACCGCACGCAGCAUCGCCAUCCUCAUCCUCAGCAGCAGCAGCGCCGUUUUACACCCUGCCGCCUCCACCGCCGCCGCCGCCGUCUCACAGUGCGCGCGGACACCGGAAACCGCCCAGCGCGACCGGACAACUGCAACGGGGCGGCGCACGAGAACCGUCAUCAUCAUCAUCACCAUCAUCACAAAGUCAAGGCGCCGACUCGAGUCUCGCGAACAGCCAGCGGCGCAACUGCACCUUCACUAAACCGUCGGCUCGAGCUCUCGGCUCCGUUUCCCCGGACUCUAUCGGUGACCCCGCCUGGUGCGGCUCGCGAUUGGCGGAGGAUCAGUCUCGAGGGAACCAGUGGAGCAAACCUGCGCAUCGUCUCUCGUGCAGCUGCGGAAAAGAAGGCGGGUCGUUGCCGGAAGAGCAGCAACAACUGCAGCAGCCACAACAAACGCUACAGCAGAUCAGCAGCAGCAGCAGCAGCAGCAAUCCGUUCACCGCUCUGCUGCUGCAGAACCCGCCGCCGCCGCCGCCGCCACCGGCACCUUCAUCAUCAACACCGCUAUCUUCAUCAUCAUCAACGCAACAGCAUCAGCAACAGCAUCAGCCGCCGCGCGCUCCCGCGGGCCAGCCGCCCGAAACCGCCGCCGCCGCUCGCGCGCUCCAGGACCCGCAGGCGGUUCGGCUGCAGGUGCAGCAGCAGCGGCUCGUGAGGAGCAGUCUGCCCGAGAGCUGCGCGAGAGGACCACCGCACGAGCUGUGCGCGCAGCGGCCCUGUGGCAUACAGCAACAACAACAACAGCAACAACAGCAACAGGGCGCGCGAGCGGAAUGGCACCGUGACGGAGACACGAACCCGAGCGCGGAGCACGAGCCUCAGAGAAACCAAGGGCAUCAGGUGAGUGCGGAUGGCAGCAGGCUGAGCCAUGCUUGGUCGCGCUCUUCGCUGUCGCCCAGCGGCCCCGCGGUCCCUCAGAUAGCCAUGAACAGCUGCAAGUACAAUGGCGGCGUGGUGAGACCGCUGGGCAGCAGGAACCUGGCCGAUCUGGACUCGGAGACACAGCCGCUGCAGACGCUGCACACCUCCGGCCUCGAGGUCGUGGUGUCAAAGGGCAACGGCGACGAACCGGGCAAGCCGCUGCGCGAGGAUGCCGGCAACGCACCGCACAAACGGAACAAGGACAUUGGCUACAAGCUCGGCCAUCGGAGGGCGCUGUUUGAAAAGCGCAAGCGCCUCAGCGACUACGCCCUCAUCUUCGGCAUGUUUGGCAUCGUCGUCAUGGUGACGGAGACGGAGCUCUCGUGGGGAGUUUACACAAAGGAAUCCUCAUAUUCAUUUGCACUGAAAUGCCUUAUCAGCCUUUCCACUCUAAUCCUCCUCGGUCUGAUUAUUAUGUAUCAUGCACGAGAAAUUCAGCUUUUCAUGGUGGACAACGGAGCGGACGACUGGCGGAUAGCCAUGACUUAUGAGCGCAUUCUGUUCAUCGUGCUGGAGCUUCUGGUGUGCGCCAUCCACCCAAUCCCGGGACAGUACGUUUUCACGUGGACGGCGAGGUUGGCGUUCACGUACACGCCGUCUGUGGCCGACGCCGAUGUGGAUAUCAUCCUGUCCAUCCCCAUGUUCUUGCGCCUGUAUUUAAUCGGCCGUGUCAUGCUGCUGCACAGCAAACUGUUCACGGACGCUUCGUCUCGCAGCAUCGGCGCCCUCAACAAGAUCAACUUCAACACACGCUUCGUCAUGAAGACCCUCAUGACCAUCUGCCCCGGCACCGUGUUGCUCGUCUUCAGCAUCUCCUCGUGGAUCAUCGCCGCCUGGACGGUGCGCGUGUGUGAAAGAUAUCACGAUAAACAGGAAGUGACGAGUAACUUCCUGGGCGCGAUGUGGUUGAUCUCCAUCACCUUCCUGUCCAUUGGUUACGGAGACAUGGUGCCACACACCUACUGCGGGAAAGGAGUGUGUCUGCUGACGGGAAUCAUGGGGGCAGGCUGCACUGCGCUGGUGGUCGCGGUGGUGGCCAGGAAGCUCGAGUUGACCAAGGCGGAGAAACAUGUUCAUAACUUUAUGAUGGACACUCAACUCUGCAAAAGAGUGAAGAACACGGCUGCUAACGUACUCAGGGAAACGUGGCUCAUCUACAAACACACCAAGCUCGUGAAGAAGAUCGACCACGCCAAGGUCAGGAAACACCAGCGCAAGUUCCUGCAGGCGAUCCACCAACUGCGCAGUGUGAAGAUGGAACAGAGGAAGCUGAACGAUCAGGCCAACACACUUGUCGACUUAGCCAAGACGCAGAACGUGAUGUAUGACCUGGUGUCGGAGCUGCAGGAGCGCAGUGAGGAGCUGGAUAAGCGGAUCGGUCAUUUAGAGGAGAAGCUGGACUCCAUCGCUCUGAGCGUCCAGUCUCUGCCCGAGCUGCUGAACCGAGCCAUAACGCAGCAGCAGCGCCACCUGCUGGACGGCCUCAUCCACCACUCCACACACUCCACACACUCCUCACACUCCUCACACUCCUCACACACCAGCUCGGCGUCCGUGCGCCGCCGGAGGUCACCGUCCACCGCUCCUCACACGUCCUCCGACAGCGGCUAACAUACACACACACAUACACACACAUUACAGACACGCGUGUGCUUCUCUGACUAACAUGGCUCGAGAAAAAAAAAAAAGACUUCAAUGACUUUAACACACUGACACGAAAAAAGAAGAAAAAAAGAAAUAAAAAUAAUGUAAUGAGUUAACAGUUCAUGGUAGACAUAUGGUUUACGUUUAGCCAUUGUAUGGCUGUUUAAAGUUAGCUUUUUUGUAAAAGCCCUUGUAUAGUUUACGGACUGGAUCCAGGGUGUGGGGAGGGGGGGGCCACACACACACACACACUCAUACACACACUCGCACACUAAUACACACUGUUGGCUGAGAAAAUGUCGUCUUUUCUCAUGAUGAAGGACAUCAGCAGAGGACAAAAUGAUGGAGAGACGCCGGACUGAGCGAUGGACAGAGCGAUGGACUGAGUGAUGGACAGAGUGAUGGUCGCGGGCUAACACACGGGCCUUUGGGAGCUCUGAACCUGAGCAAAGAAAAAAAAAACGCCAAAAUAUCAAAAACACGCAGAAUUAUUAGAAAUGUUAAAACCACAAAACACUAGAACACACACUAGCUACUGAUCGUCCAAAUCGAACUCGCUGUCCUCUAACCAAAACAAGCAGAAAAUAUCGGGUGUAUUUUUACACGAAGAUGAAGAGCGGUAGUUUACAGCCGAGCCCUGGGUUGUUGUUUUUUUUGUUGUUGUUGUUUUUUUAUUAUUUUUUUUUAACAAAGCAUGCUGGGUAAAAGUGUCAGGUUUGAAAAACGAAUCACUGUGUGCAUACGUACGGUUUAUUAUCUGCGUCUUUUACCUUUUAUUUUCAUCACUGGUUAUUUUCAGUGUUGUGUGUUUCGGGAUAUUUUUCUAAAACAUUCCUUUUUUCCAUUUCUCCUUCUUUUUUUAAUUUCUACAAAUGUACAAAUGUUACAAAAUGUACGCAAGUGCCCAAAAACAGUUUAUAAGGUAAAACAUCUUUAAGGUAUGUGCCGAUAAGUUUUUACAUCACAAUAGUUUUAUGACGGUUUACGAUACUAUCACGAUAUUAUUGUAUGAAAAAGAAGUUUGGAGUGACGGAUGCGCGUUUGAAACUCCAUCAGUACGACGUGGUGAUCGUGGUGGAACCUCAUGUUACAGAAUUAGCAUCUUGACAUAAACACAACUUUUAUUUUUAAAGCUUAUUUUAUAGAGUUAGCUAAAUAACUAGCUAGCUAACUAAACUAUAAAAUAAACUUUAUUCUGUGAUUUAAAAAAAAAACAAGCAUAUUAUUUUUAACUAGUAUAAUGAAAUCCCCUCGGUGUAACGUGAGCUAGCUAUCCUCAUUUUUAUAGAAUGGUAGUAGCUAGCUAACUAACAUUUUAGCAAUUUACUUAGCUAGUUGUGUAUAACUAGUUCACUGUCCCCUCAGCGUAUUGCUAGCCAGCUAGAUAAGUUUAACUCCUUAUUUUAUAGCGUGAUGUAGCUGGUUAACUAGCAAGUCAUGUAUAGCUAGACCAGUGACAACCCCUCAGCGUAAUGCUAGCCUGCUAGUUAUAUGUAAAAUCUUAUAAACUAAAAAAAUCAACUUGAAUUCCAGUUAAAUUGAACACAUUUUUGCCAAAUUCACUUUUUUUUCCAUUUAAAAGACAGAAGCUUUCUGUGUGCUUCUGUGUAAAACUGAUUAGCAUAACAGAUCCUCUGUGUUUAGCUAGCGUUAGCGAUAAACAGAUAGUCGUUGUCAUGGUAACUUACAGUCAGUCCAACAAGUUUGUCUGCUGUAUAAUGAAUCAGUAUGCAGGUGAAACAGCAGACCGCCACCAUCAUCACGCCGGUGCAGGGAAUUAUGGGAUUGCGUUCUCACAGAAUCGCGUUCCUCUGGUUGGUUGUGAAAAUCGUGAUGUUAUCGUACAUCUGAUUAUCGGCACGUUCCUGACGUCUGCAGGACUUCAGAGGCUGGACGUCAAUGAUGAUGAUGAUGGUGAUGAUGAUGGAGGUAAACGUGGGUGUUCGGAGGUGUGUGUGCUAUAAACAGAGACAUUUUACUCAGAGCUUCCAAGGGUCCUCACGGCUCAGCGCUGGGACUUUGGCGGUGGAAACGCGGCGGACGUUCGACCCACCGAUGCAUGUUUCAAUGCAAAGACGACGGAGCUAACCUAUGGGACGGCUUUAGGUUCAUUUCUUCCUUUCUCUUCCUUGAUUUUUAAUUUUUUUUUUAACAAAAAGAUUCCUUUUUUAUGAUUUAUCUAGGAUUUUUAUAGCUUGUAGAGGAGAAUAACUAUAAUAAUUCCUACAGAGUGGCAGCAUAGUUGAAUUCAUGCAUUCCUUUAGAUCAAAGACCAAAAACCACCAAGAAUUAAAAAAAAAAUAAGAUGAAAAUGAAGAAGAAGAAGAGACUAAUUUGCCAUUCAGGUUUCAUCAUAGAUCACAUGAAAUUAAAACUGAUUAGGUUCCCAGCUCUGUAUCUGAGACUAAAAAUAUCGAAGAUGUGGUUGUUUUUUUUUACGGGUUUAAAAAAGAAAAAAAAGAAAAGAGAAGAAGCAAACUGCCUUUACUGUGUGUCUUCGGCCUUGUUGACCAACCUGUAGCAGAUGAACAUGAUGCUGGGCUCCAAUAUAAAGAAAUAAAUCCACUAAUCCAGAACCGGCCGGGUCUCGUCACUGAGUCUGAAUCCUUACCUGUUCACUUCUCAGGGGGCGGAGCUUCAUCUGAGCUCAGUUUGUGAUGUCACUAAAUAAACUCAACACCUGGAAAUGA